AUGUGGAAGUUGUCUUUAAUCUUUGUUGCUGUUACCUGUGUCAGCAUACAACUGGCGUAUGAUUCAACAUCACCUACAAUGCCACCACGGCCAGUUGACAAUAGUCCACCACCAUCUACCACUGGCAUAGUGCCAAACAAAGAAGAUAGCACAGCUGCAUCUAUGGGCUCGACAACAGGCGCCCAAGGUGGCAAUGGUGCAACCACGGGUUCGGUACCAAGCAACCCAGGUGGCAAUGGUGCAACCACGGGUUCGGCACAAAGCAACCCAGGUGGCAACGGUGCAAGUACGGCAAGCAAUGCAGGUGGCAAUGGUGAAUCUACUGGCUCGACAGCAAGCAACGCAGGUGGCGAUGGGGCACCUACCGGACAGACACCAAGCAGCGCAGAUUCAAGUUCACUGACGGAGGAAAAAGCGGGUAUGUAUCGAAUGUUGUUCUAA